ACCGGGUCGACCAGAAGCUUUUAAUAUUACAUCUGAUUCUUUGACGCUUUCAUGGACAAAACCUGCCCUUCACGCGGACGGGGAUUAUUUUCAAAUAGAAUAUAAAGAAUUAAUUCCAGGGUCAAAGUGGAAAACUUUUACCGGAGAAUUUGCUGAAUCAACGCAGAUUCUUACGAAUAUAAAAUCAGAAACAGAGUUUGUAUUUCGGGUACGGGCCAUUCAGUGCGACGGUGAAGGUCCGUAUAGUGAGGUUAGUGCGGUUGUCAAAACGCACAUUUCCACAGCCUCUCGUCUAAUUGGUUUCUCCGUCCGUCUUGAUGAAGAAACCACGUCACCGAUUCGGUAUGCCUUGCCAAUGUGUGAAGUUAAAGAGGCAAGAAAUAGUAGGGCUAAGACAAGGAAAUUUGAAGUGGGGUCGCCAGCAGACACUCAUUGGAAAGAAAAGACCCUGCUUAUGAUUGGAGAGACAGGGACAGGCAAGAGUACCCUAGUCGAUGGAAUGGCCAACUACAUACUUGGAGUUGCAUGGAGCGAUCCGUUUAGGUUUAACAUCGUAAAUCUUGAGGAAGAAGAAAAACAAAAGAUAAGAAAUCAGGCCGUGUCCCAAACAGAGUGGAUUACCUGCUACACUAUUCACCCUCAAGCGGGAAGCAGACUUCCGUAUACAAUCAACAUGAUCGACACACCAGGCUUUGGUGAUACAAGAGGACUUGAACGAGAUCAGGAAAUCGUGGAACAGAUUCGAGAGUUGUUCUCAGAAAAGCCUCCAAAGGGUGUGUUAUAUAUUGACGCAGUUUGCUUCCUAAUUAAGGCACCUGAUGCACGUCUUACGCCAAUUCAGAGCUAUAUUUUUCAGUCUAUCAUGUCGUUGUUCGGAAAAGAUAUAGAAGACAAUAUAUGCUCUCUGAUAACAUUUGCGGACGGUAUGGAUCCACCAGUUUUCGCAGCUUUGGGUGAGUCGGGAUUGCCAUUUGGAGAACGUUUUACGUUUAAUAAUUCUGGCCUUUUUGCAAAAAAUGCGGGUCUGUCUCAAAGCUGUUUGUCACCAAUGUUUUGGGAAAUGGGGCUCGUGAGUUUCAGAAACUUUUUUAAGCAUCUCGAUACCUUUGCAACAAAAAGCUUGCAAUUGACGAGCGAUGUUCUGUAUGAACGAAGUCGUUUAGAAGCAACCAUCCAAAACCUCCAACCAAAACUAGAUAUUGGUCUCAACAAAAUAAAUGAAUUAAAAUCUGAAAUCAAAUUAUUUCAAGACAACAAGUCCAUUAUCGCCGACAACAAGGAUUUUACGUAUGUUGUUCCAACAACGCAUCAGGAAAAAAGAGACCUUCCAAGGGGGAUACAUGUAACAAACUGCAUAAAUUGCCAUUUUACAUGCCAUGACAAUUGUAUGUAUGCAAAUGAUGAUGAGAAAAUCAACUGUUGUGCAAUGAAUGAUGGAUAUUGCACCAUUUGUCCUGACAGAUGUUUUUGGGAGCAACAUGCAAAUACACCGUACAUAUUUACAUAUAAACUUGUUGAGGAAACUAAAACAUAUAGUGAAAUGAAAAAAAAAUACGAAGAGGCAUCUGGUAAAAUACUAUCACAGGAACAAGUUUUAGAUCAAAUGGGCGAAGAACUCGAUGAAAUGGUAGACACUAUCGAAGAUAUGAUGAUUAUUGUCCGAGACUGUAAUACCAAACUAGCGGCAAUAGCUCUACGUCCGAAUCCCCUUUCAAUGGUAGAGCACAUUGACUUGAUGAUCGAGAAUGAAAAGAUGACUAAAAAGAAAGGUUGGUAUGAGAGGGUUCAGACGCUAAAUCGGUUCCGAAAAAGGGCUAUGGUCACAAAUGAAGCUGAACACUUUCACAGGGAAGCAAAAAACCUUGGGAUGACCGGAAAAAAAAUUCAAAACAAAAGGACUGUUUUCAAGCGGUUUAAAGAUCUGUUUGGUUGGUGAUGGUCUGACAACUAAACACCAUAUGUUAAAAAAAAUCCGAUUGUUCUUUGAGAGUAAAAAUUAACUUUAGAUACUUUCAGUUGGAAAAUAUGCUGGACGUUUGCACUCGAUUUA